AUGAGUGCUGAAGAAUGUACCUGUACUUCAGAGAAAGUGCUACAGUUUAUACAGGAGAUGGCAGAAAAAUGUGGGGUAACAGACCUAGCUGAUCCGGCAUUGGCCCAAUUUCUCACCGAAAAUGAUGCACUGAACCAUAUUCGAGACGAAUUCCACUAUCCUAAAUGUGGCACGCUGCCCGAAGCUGAUCCCAGCCUAUGUGAUCCAGAGUCUGAUUCCAUCUAUAUGUGCGGCAAUUCUCUGGGAUUGAUGCCCAAGGCAACAGAGGAAAUUAUGAUGAGGCAACUUGACAAGUGGGCUAAAAUGGGCGUUUUUGGUCACAGAAGUGGUGAACUGCCAUGGGCUUUCUGUGAUGAGCACGCCAUAGAAGGUGUUGCACGUCUAGUUGGAGCCAAACCUGAAGAAAUUGCUCUUUGCAAUGGACUUACUGUUAAUAUUCACGUCCUACUGACAGCAUUCUACAAGCCGACUGACACACGCCAUAAAAUCCUGCUGGAGUCUAAAGCAUUCCCUUCAGAUCAUUAUGCGAUUGAGUCACAAAUCAGACUACACGGUAGGACCGUGGAAGAAAGCAUGGUGUUCCUGGAUCCACGUGAAGGCGAAGUAACUUUACGAAAAGAAGACAUUCUGGCAAUACAUCGAGGAACACGGCGAGGAAAUUGCCGUCAUAUUUCUCCCUGGAGUUCAGUACUACACCGGACAACUGUUCGAUAUUCACGCAAUCACUAG